AGACAUCGUCGUGGGGCUGGCGGUGAAGCACGCGCGAGGGAGCGAGAAGACAAGAAAGAGAGAGAGAGAGAGAGAGAGAGAGAGAGAGCAGAGGCACGAGGCGGGAGUUCGAUGCGCUUUCUGAUCAAGCGCAGGCUCCGUGCGCGCUCCGAAGUCGUCGGGUGAAACUCGGAGGCAGUGCUCGUGCGAUGCUUCUCUUUCUCACGACUGCGUUUGUCGGACCAUGAACGGUGAUGACCAGAUAGCCGCAGGAAAGAAUGGGGGCCAGAGUAGUGGCAAGCCGCAGGAUGGGGACCGAGAGGGGUCUAUGCGGGCCUUUCCGCGAGCUCCGACUUGCUUGCGUCCAGCUCUGACGUCAGCAAGAGUGGAUCAGGAGCGGUCUCGAGGCGGGGAAUCGCAGCAGAUGGCGGCGUUCAAAUAUCUGUUCCGUCGCGCGGUCGUGGGCGUACGCGUGAGAGCCAAAGAGGAGAGGUUGAAAACGACGCGAGCGGGGCACAGAACGGUGGAACGAACAGAGACGCCGAAGAGCGGAAGAGAAAGGAGGAACAAGAGGGUGAAAAGGGGGAGGAAAGGGGGAGAGCGGGAAGGGGGAACUGAGAAGCGCAGAAGAACCACCACCAAUCGUGAGAAAGAGAGAAAUUGUGUCGACGACGAUGAGCAGCGAGCCUGUCCAGGCCGAUCGGUACGACGGGUCUAAAAGUGCCUUUGACUAAUGGCAAAUCUGUAUUCUACUUACUAAUUCCGUCCAUCUCAAUCUAAAGAAGGACCCUAAUGCCACGUGGGAAUUAAUGCUCUGGCUGCAGCAAACGGCCCCAAGGCCCAGCGGUGGCUUUUUUUCUUCUCAUUGUUUCGG